AUAUAAUCCAUUAUAAAACAACCUCGACCCCCCCCCCCCGGCGUUUCUCUUUUCUUUUUUUCUUCGCCCUACUUUGAAAUUCUCUAAGAACGACUCCUCCUAAUGCUCCAUUCAUAUCGAGGUCUCAAACUGUUUUAGCAUCAUGACGGACAAAAAGUGGUGGAAGGAAGGAGUGGCCUACCAGAUCUACCCAGCCAGCUUCAAAGAUGAGAAUGGCGAUGGACUUGGUGAUAUCCCAGGGAUCAUCUCCAAGGUGGACUACCUCAAAGAUCUAGGUGUAGACAUCGUAUGGGUGUCUCCCAUGUUUGAGAGCCCUCAAAUCGACAUGGGCUACGACAUCUCCAACUAUGAAGCAGUGCAUGCGCCCUACGGCACGGUGGAAGACAUGGAGCUGCUGAUCAGCGAGUGCCACAAGCGAGGGAUGCGGCUCAUCCUCGACCUUGUCAUCAACCACACGUCGGACCAGCACGCCUGGUUCAAGGAGUCGCGGUCCUCGCGCGACAAUCCCAAGCGCGACUGGUACAUCUGGCGCCCGCUCCGGCACGACGAGGCCGGCAACCACAUAGCCCCGACGAACUGGCGCAGCUACUUCGGCGGGCCGGCUUGGGAAUUUGACGAGGCGACGGGCGAGUACUACCUCCACCUCUUCGCCAGGGAGCAGCCGGACCUCAACUGGGAGAGCGAGGCAUGCAGGCAGGCCAUCUACGACAGUGCGAUGCGGUUCUGGCUGGACAAGGGCGUCGACGGGUUCCGCGUGGAUACGGUGAACAUGUACAGCAAGGGCCCCGUCGCCGAGCUCAGGGACGCCCCCAUCGUGGUCCGUGACAUGUACGAGCAGCCCGCGUGGGACCUGUACGCCAACGGGCCGCGAAUGCACGAGUUUUUGCGCGAGAUGAACGAGGAGGUGCUAGGGCGGUACGACACGAUGACGGUUGGCGAGCUGCCGCACACGCCUGAGCCGGCGAGCGUGCUGAGCUAUGUUGGCGCGGCGCAGCGGCAGCUCAGCAUGGUGUUCCAGUUCGACCUGGUCGACCUCGGCCAGGGCACCUCGAACAGGUAUAUACGCCGCGAGUGGAAGCUGCCACAGCUGAAGGGGGCCGUGGCCAAGUGGCAGCAGUUCAUCGACGGCACCGACGGCUGGACGACGGCGUUUUGUGAAAACCACGACCAGGGGCGUUCCAUCUCGCGCUUUGCGUCUGAUGCGCCCGAGUACCGGGUCGCGUCGGCCAAGAUGCUCGCCUUGUUCAUGUGCUCGCUUACAGGCACGCUGUUCAUAUACCAAGGUCAGGAGAUCGGCAUGGUUAAUGUUCCUCAAGACUGGCCAAUUGAUGAGUACAAGGACAUCGAAGGAUUACGCCAUUACCGACAGGUCGCAAAAGCAACGGACAAUAACCCAGAAGCCCUAGCUGAAGUUCUCAAAAACCUGUCAAUCCUGGGCAGGGACAACGCCCGCACACCUAUGCAAUGGGACGGGACAGCGCACGCCGGCUUCACGAGUGCGGGAGCUGUUCCGUGGAUGAGAGUCAACGACAGCUACACCGAGAUCAACGUUGCGAAGCAGCUGGAAGAGCCGGACUCGGUGCUGAAGUUCUGGAGGGCUAUGAUUAAGUUUCGCAAGGCCCAUGCUGACCUCUUGACAUACGGGACAUUUGACCUGCUAGAUAUGGAGAAUGAGCAGACCUUUGCCUUUGUCAAGAAUCAUGGUGGUGAGAAGAGCUUGGUGGCACUCAACUUCUCGGACAAGGAUCAACAGGUCGACGUCCCGAGGGGUGGGGAAUACGUGUUGCAGGUGAGCAGCUACGCUGGCGAUGACCAAAAGACAGGAGUAACGGUAUCUGGAGGCUCGAGGGUGACUCUGCGGCCGUGGGAGGGACAUCUCUAUAUCCAUCAAUAAGAAUAAAAGAACACGAGCUCAGAAAGCCCAUAGCAUAUGU